AUGUCGACCGGCCCAUCGUCCAAUGCGGCGACCAACACGCAGAGCAAGACGGGCGACGCCGCCCAGACAACCUUCGCCUUGUCGCUGGUCAUGAUCGCCUUCCUGGCCAUCGCUUUCUUCAACGCCGCCGAGCUCGUCGUCCUGGUUCUGAUCACCUUCAAGCGCUACAGCGGCCUCUACUUCUGGAGCGUGCUGGUAGCGGCAUCCGGCAUACCCAUAUACUGCCUGGGCUUCACCCUCAAGUUCUUCGUGACGGACGUCCCCAACAUGAACUACAUCGGGCUGGCCUUAGUCAUCGUGGGCUGGGUCCCCAUGGUCACGGGGCAGUCGCUGGCGCUGUACUCGCGGCUCAACCUGGUUGUGCACGACCACCGCAAGCUGCGCUGGGUGCUCUACAUGAUCAUUGUCAACGGCUGCGCCUUCCACGGUGCGACGACGGGGCUGGCCUUCUCGGCCGAGGGCUCCGUCCGGAUGGCCAGCAUAUACUCGGCUUACGAGAAGGCCGAGCUGCUUGCCUUCGCGCUGCAGGAGUGCAUCAUCUCGGGCCUGUACAUCUACGAGACGUGGAAGAUUCUGCGGCCGACGAGCGCGGCCCAGGGCAAGCGCAUCACCGCCGUGCGCCGCAACCUCAUCUGCGUCAACAUCAUCGUCAUCCUGCUCGACGUGGCCCUGAUCGGCAUCGAGCUGGCCAACCAGUACAAGCUGCAGACGACCUUCAAGGCCUUCGUCUACAGCGUCAAGCUCGGCCUCGAGUUCAGCGUGCUCAACACCCUGCUGCGCGCCAUCCAGGGCCACUCGGGCAGCUCCUACGACAACGACCCCAACUUCCGCUCCGGCGCCCCUGGCACCUCGCACGGCGACACGUUCCGCGGCACCACCAAGACGCGCGUCGGCGACUCGGAGCACGCCACCACCUUCUCCAACGUCGGCAGGGGCGACCGCAGCGCCAGCGCCUGGGAGCUGAACGACAUCGACAUCAUGAAGACGACCGAGGUCUACGUCGACUCCAGCGCCAGCGCCGCGCCCGAAGACGACGAGGCGGGAAGCUCCAAGGAUGGCCGUCGCGCCGAGUCGAAGACGUCGUCAGAGAUCCAGCUGACGGGCAGCAGCACCUACUAUUCCAGAGGUGGCGACUGA